UGACCUACACUGACAGCUCUCAUAGCCGUUGCUACUCCAGCAAUCCAAUUCCAGAUCCGAACGUUAAACUCCAAAAAGCUUUCGAGUCCAAGCAACCACCCCCGCCGGAGUAGCCGCCACACUGCACACCACCAGAGCAGUACCCCUACCACGCCACUCGCAUCUGAAACAACAACCAGCCAGCCAGCUCACGGGCGUCGGCGAUGGCCGCCGGGGGAGCGCGAGACAACAACGCCGACGAGUGGCUGCAGGAGCUCCGGAGCCGCGCGACGCGGCUGCUGCUCAAGGAGGACUGGGAGGGGUACAUCGGCGUCUGCUCCCGCAUCGUCGACGACGCCAAGGCGGACCGCCGGGUCCUCUGCUCAGCGCUCGCCCACCGCGCCGACGCCCGCGCGCGCCUCGGCGACGCCCCCGGCGCCCUGGCCGACUGCGACGCCGCGCUCGCCGCCGACCCGGCCCACCCGGCCGCUCUGCUCGCCAAGGGCGCGGUCCUCCGGGGCCUCGGCCGCUACGUGCUUGCUGCCGAUUGCUUCCGCGCGGCGCUGCUCCCCAUGGGAAGCGGCGCCGCCGCGGACGAGGUGCGGGAGCUGCUCGGCCAGUGCAGGCGCCUGGAGGCGCAGGCGAGGAGCGGGGCAGUGGACUUGUCGGAGUGGGUCCUCGCGGGGUUCGCCGGGAAGUGCCCGGAUCUCGCGGAGCACGUCGGGCCGGUGGAGGUGCGCCGGUCCGCGCACGGCGGCCGAGGGGUCUUCGCGUUGAAGAGCGUCGAGGCGGGGGCCACUCUGAUUAUCGCCAAGGCUGUGGCGACCGGGAGAGGGGUGAUCCCGGACGCGGACAAUAGCGGCGAGAAGAUGGUGGUCUGGAAGGACUUGGUCGACAAGGUGCUCGACGCCGCCGAGAAGUGCCCGAGGACGGCGUCGUUGAUCUAUGCUCUGUCCACCGGCGAGGAGCAGCAAGACGAGCUCGCCGUCCCGGACAUGGCAUUGUUCAACCAACAAGAGCCCGAGGAUCUCACUCUCGGCGCUUCGUUGGUGUCGGGGGCAAGGAGACGAGAGGUUCUCGAUGUGGACAGGAUCUUGAAGGUGCUCGACGUGAAUUGCUUGACCGAGGACGCGCCGUCCGCCAAUCUGCUCGGCAACAAUGGCGUCGUCAACUGCGGCGUGGGGCUGUGGGUCUUGCCGUCGUUCAUAAACCACUCCUGCCACCCCAAUGCCUGCCGCACUCACGUCGGGGACCAUGCCAUCGUUCACGCCUCGAGGGAGAUCAAGGCCGGGGAGGAGAUCACGUUCCCCUACUUCGAUGUGCUCGUGCCAGUGGGGAAGCGCCAGGAGGCAGCAAGAGCGUGGGGGUUCGAAUGCCGGUGUGACCGGUGCCGGUUCGAAGCCGAGGACGCUAUUCUUCGGCAGGAGCUUGUAAGAUCAGAGAACGAGUUGGUUAAUGGAGGAGGAGAUAUGGGGGCACUGGUGGUACGGCUUGAGGACAAGAUGAGGAAGUCCAUGGUGAAGGAGAGGCGAAAGGCAUUCUUGCGCGCGUCCUUCUGGAGCGCGUACUCCGCCUUGUUCGACAAUGGCAGGUUGGUCAGGAAGUGGGGGAGGCGGGUUCCAAGCGAGUCUGUUGUCGCUGCGAGCAUCGCCGAUGCGGUCGGUGCGAAUGAGAGUGUGCUGAGGGCAAUGCUGAGGGGCGCCAACGAUGGCAACGGUUGCGGCAAUCGGCUGGAGGUUGAGGACAAGGUGGUGAGGAUUGGGAGGGCUACCUAUGGCAAGGUAGUGAAGAGACAGGCAAUGAGAGCUCUCUUCAGACUUACAUUGGAUGGUGACAACAGCAAAUGCCUCUAGAUUUUAAUUUAAUCUUCUUUCUGAUUCUUUAUUCAUUAGUUCGGCUGCUUUCUGUAGGUUCAUAAUAAGAGGAUGCAGCAAAUGUUCUUGUUUGCACAAUGUUUGUAAUAGGAGGAUUGCUGAGAAAUCAAGAUCAUACAUGAGAGCUCUAUUUUCAUGCUCUCUUGGUCUUGGUUUCAGAUGAUUGUUUCAUUGCUUGACAGGAAUUAUCCCAUUUUAUCCAUUUCAUUGAAAAGUGAUUAGGUAUGAAA